AUGAUUUGCGUUGAGACUCAACAUUUUGAUCUUAAUCGGAUCCUGCUACUUGCAAUCGGCUUAUGGCCGUAUCAAAACUCAAAAUUUAGUCAACUUCAGGCCAUUUUGUGUUUUGGUAUUUUGACAAGUUUUGUUGUAUUUCAGCUUACAGCGCUUAUAACUACAAAAUGCACUGUUGAUUUUAUCAUCAAAGUUUUUUCUUCCACAAUAUUCUUUAAUAUCUACGUAAUUGUGUACACCAUGUUUUGGAUUAACACCCAUCACGUGAGAAAUUUGUUGGAGCAACUACACUGCAUCUGUAAUGAUCUAAAAGAUGAAAACGAACUUACCAUCUUUAAAAAGUAUAAAGAUAACACAAGACGUUAUACAGUUAUAAUUACAUCAUUCGCCAUAUGCUGUGUAUUUAUUCUUACUGUACUGCCUAUUUGGCCACAAAUCCUUGGUACUGUCUUGUACAUAAACGAGUCUCAACUACAGAGUCAGACAAUACAAAUCGUGACUGAAUAUUUUGUCGAUCAAGAAAAAUAUUACUAUUUAAUUUUACUGCAUACAGACGCAGUUUUUUGUAUUGGAGUGACUACAUUGACAGCGAUAGGAACAAUGCUCUUAGGAUGCGCCAUACACGCAUGUGGAAUAUUUAAACUUGCAAGUUAUCGUAUGGAGCAAAUAAUGACGACCGAAAUGCUUAAAAACAUUAACUUGAAGAAUCGAGCUAUGAUUUAUAACAAAAAAAUAUUCAAUGCCGUCGAAAUACAUUGCAAGGCUAUAAAGUUGGUAUGCGUAUAACAAUUAUAUGUAUAACACUUGUAAUAAUUUUGUUUUUCGUAAAGGUUCAUCAAUGUAUUGCUAUCUAAUUUUGAAGGCUCGUUUCUGUUAUUAAUAAUUUAUAGUGUGAUUUGUUUGAGCCUGAGUAUUUAUGCAGUAAGUACUUUUUUCGUGUUUUAGAAACAUUUUUAAGAGGGAUA